GGGGUCGCCUCACAGGCCUGCUGCCUCCUCCUCUUCCUCCUGACGCACCGCCUUCAUCAUCCGGACCGGACCGCAGCCUGGAUGCUCCAGCAGUCCGUGUAGCUGAGAACCGGGUCUCCGUCCUCCCAGCCCGGUCCCGGUCCCGGUUCUGAUGGAUGGUUAGCCCACCGCCCUGCCUGCUGCUGCGGACCCGGGGAGCCAUGGAGUCGGUCGGUGCGGGGGGCUCCGCGGGGCUCCGCGGGGCCCCGGGGCCGCAGUGAAGGCGGAGGAACCGCGACCCGCCGCGGGGAACAUGGUGAAACCGUUCACCUGAGCGCCGCACUCUCGCCUCCUGACCUCCUCCUCAUUGCCAUGGCGACCACGCUGGAGACGCCGCCGCUGGAGCCGCGCCCCGGCCGGCCGGACGCCUGCCUGGACCCCGGGGGCCGCUACUCGGCGGUCCCCUCGGUGGUCUGCUCCAUGUGCUGCCUCUUUGGCAUCAUCUACUGCUUCUUCGGCUACCGCUGCUUCAAGGCGGUGAUGUUCCUGACGGGCCUGAUGUUCGGCUCCGUGGUCAUCUUCCUGCUGUGCUACAAGGAGCGCGUCCUGGACACCCAGCUGAGCGUGGAGGCCUCGGUGGGCAUCGGGCUGGGCAUCGGCACGCUGUGCGGCCUGGUCACCAUGCUGGUGCGCAGCGUGGGGCUGUUCAUGGUGGGGCUGCUGCUGGGGCUGCUGGUGGGCGUGGCCACCCUGGUGGGCAUGGCGGAGCUGUCCCAGGCCCCGUCGCGCUCCGUCUGGGUGCCGCUGGGCGUCCUGCUGGGCCUGGGCAUGCUGUUCGCCGUGCUGACGCUGCAGUGGCAGCGCCUCUUCACCACGCUGUCCACCGCCGUGUUCGGCGCCGCCGUCAUCACCGUGGCCCUGGACUACUUCCUGGAGCUGUUUGCGCUGCUGGUGUACGUCUACGAGCGGAUCAAGGUGGAGCCGGGGAAGCCGGUGUGUUGGAUGACCUGGCUGGUGCUGGGGGUGUGGCCGUCCCUCACCCUGCUGGGGGUCAUAGUUCAGUGGAAGGUGACCGCCGAGGGAUACUCUCACACUAAAGUGAUCAUCAGCCGCCAGCAGCGAAGGAUGCAGGUGAUGCGGAUUCGUCAGCGAGACGACCGCUACCGCAACAAGAAGAAGAAGAAGCAGCAACAUGGCUCCUCCCACCAUCACCAGGCCAAGCAGCUCAACGCCGAGCCCGCCUACCGCCGCAAGCCCAACCCCAUCCGUCGCUACGACACCGACGUCCUGUCGCCGAGUUACAUCCAGAGUUUCCGGGACCGGCAGGUCCAGGCGCAGCCCUUCCCCGGCCGGCUGGUAGGAGGCGCUCACGCUGUGGUGGAGAUGGGCUACGACUGCGGCUCCGCCACCCCCCUCACCGGGGCCGCGGGGCCGCCUCUACGGGCCUGACCUCUGACCCCAGACCUUCACAGGCCUGAUCAGGAGGAACUGACUACAGCCACUACACUCACCACCGGAUUGACAGGCCACCUCCUGGUGUUGACCUCUGACCCUGCAGGCAGAAUCUACCCACCUUUAAACUCUUUACAAAGUCUUGACACAUGAGCUAGGCUAGCUGUGGCUAAUGAGCUAAGCUAGCCGCUGGCUUUGUGACGCUAAUCGCAUGCAGACACUAAACACACACACACCACAGCUCCAACCCUGAAGGAACCCAAUGACCCGGUUCUGAGCUUUCUGCCUCCAUCUUCAGUCAAACAUCGACUCCAGUGGUUCCACUGUGAACCCAGCUCAGGUUCUAACACCAGAUCGGUCAAAGAUCCGGGUCACCAUCCAGCUCCGGGUCAACGACCAACUCUUGUUGAUCAUCCAACCAGCUCCUCAAGGAAGGAGCAGCUCAGCACCAACUUCACCUCUUUUCUUUCUGUGCCAUCUUGACCUCAACGACCUUCGGAACCAGAAGAGACGUUUCCUCUCCCUUCGUCUCCCUUGGUGCUGGUCAGAACUCUGCUGCUGCCACGUCAAACUGUCAGGUCAGCCAACCCAACCGCUCAGUUGGACACUUCCCUUCGGUAGCCAUGGCAACACCAAGCCGGGUUGUGUUGAGAGCUCUGUUUACACUGGCACCUCAAAACACCUGGAAACUGGUUUCAAAGGCGUUUGGUCUGGAACCAGAGCUCCUCGAACUGCUCCAAACACGGUUAGCUUCUUAUUUCAUCUUUCAAACACCAAACUCACCUCAGCACCCAUUCAGACGUCAAGUGGAACCGUCUUAGCAGAAGCUAACGUCUUAGCAGAAGCUAACGUCUUAGCAGGAGCUAACGUCUUAGCAGAAGCUAACGUCUUAGCAGAAGCUAACGUCUUAGCAGGAGCUAACGUCUUAGCAGAAGCUAACGUCUUAGCAGGAGCUAACGUCUUAGCAGAAGCUAACGUCUGCAGCCUUCCUCGUCUUGGCUCUCAGUGUUUCAGCUUCUGAAUUGGAUUUUUUAAAAUAUAUUUUAGAAAAAAAAUCUGUGAACACUGAACCGCUAACGGGCUCCACUGCAGCAUCUAGCAUGGCAGCCAUUUUGAAUUUUGAAGCUAAAAUUGCCAGGUUGAGUUGAAGUUGAUUUAUGUAAGCAAAACUUUAACACAGAUGCCAAAACUUUAUUUCAUUGAAAACUUACCAGCCAAGUAAAUUGAAACUUUGGAAGCUAAGUGUGCUAAAUGUUUUCAAAGUUAGCAAAAUUCUAAAGCGCUACAUUAAACAUUAGUUUUCUCUCUUUAGCCCAUUAGCGUAGAUAUAUCCACAUCUAGCUUCUGCUAAUAAGAAGCUAACAUAAAGCUAGCGUUAGCCUCUUUGGGUUCUGAUCCAGACUGCGGUGCCGGUGUGAACGGAUGAAUCGGACCAGCAGCCAUCUGAUUUCUCCAUCGUGUUUUUCUUUAUUUAGGGUGAUGUAACAUCUGUCUGGUAAAAUGUGAAACUUUAACGUGUUUUUAGAGGAGAAUGUGUACAGGAAGUGAUGCGUUUACUGGGAGGAAGGAGCUGAACUGCAUGAGACCAACUGGUUAGUUUCCUGCUGCCGUCAGGAAACCUGUACAGAAACACUCUGCACUUAUUUAACGUCCAAUGAAGACCUGCUGUAUGGAUGGAUUUAUUUAUUGAUUUAUUUAUUUUGCUCAGCAGAGGUUAAAGUGAUCAUGUUUUGAAAGACUCUGAUCAUAAUUAAAGCAUGUUCCUGCUCUGUUAAAACAAUAAAAACAUUACAAUCAUUUUA